GAGACAAAGACACACAGUUGCCUCCCUUGGAAGUAUGGCGCAAAAUAUGAAAACUUAAGAGUUAAUGAUCGUCGGUUGGGUCUAAUAACACAGAGGACAAUCCACGAAGUUACUUUGUACCAGUUGGAUAAAAGGCACUGCGCGUUCAAGCCUAGCAGAUGGAUUCAACCACACUCAUAGAUUUGGCUCAUCAUUUUAACGCCAAGCUAUCGAACCUACACACUGCAUAUGACCUGACGGAGGCCAAACAUGACCCCUCCUGCCAGAAGUUGCUGGUGUCUAUUGGGAAGGAGCUGGAAGGUUUGGAAGGUAUCCUGACACAGAUGAAAGGUGAACUGCAGAAGGGGAAGGAAGCCGUUUCAACAGCACAGGAAUUAAAAGUAACAUACCAAAAUGUGAUAGAGGAUUUGAAGUACACCAUAGAGCACCUGCCAGCUCGACUCCCCAACAAACCAGUACCAGGCCAACACAUUAAUUUGAAUUCUAAACCUAACAAGAUGGGGAAUGGAUCAACAUCUGCUGUCAAACACAAGCUGGUUGAGGUGGAGAGGCCAGUGAAGGAGGUUGUCUAUUGCCCACCUAUAGAAUACCUCACUGUGGAUGAAUUUGACACUGUGCCCAAGUACAUGAAGGGCCGACUCACGUACAACCAACUGAAUGGUGUCAUUGAUGACUUGAACAAAACCUUCCUGGCCAAGUACAAGAUUCUCAAGAUGAAGAGAUCCAAGCUGUCGGAUGUCAACAGAAAAAGAUACGAGUCUUUCAAGUUGCAGGAAUCCAAAGAUAGUAAAGAUACAUAUUUUGUUGUGGAGGGAGAUUUGAAGGAGUUUGCCAAAAUGAAGAUGGACGCGACGUCCCGAGCCAUGUUGACAGUGUUACGCCACUGUGGACGAAUGAGGGAAAUUCGUGGUGGGGGAAUCACCCGCUUCGCCAUGGUGGAGAUGUAUUAGUCGACUUGUAGACAGGACAUGCUUCACCUAACUUGUGAUAAUUUACAGCUAACCACCUAUUUAUUUGUAUCACUGCUGUCUUUGAACAAUCAGAGACUCAAUGAAUAUUCAAAAUUAGAAGUGUGUUAUUGGAUGUUGAGGCAUUGAAAUGUGAUGCUGACAGGGACAUGUCAUUGAUGCUGGGAUAUGGUUAUGUUUCCAUGAAUUCUUUCCUCCCUGAAGCCUUCAAAGCCAUGUCAGGGCCAGUAGGGUAGCCUUGUGGUUAAUGUGUUCAUCCGUCAGUACGGAUUUACAGUAAAUAAAGAAGUUGUUAUCCAUAAAUUGUCAUCUUCUAAGUAAUACAGGGAUCUGGUAUCUUAUUUUGUCUGGUUUUAUGCAUCUAUGUCUGAUACAUUUAUCCAAGCUAGUAUUGUGUGGUGCAACUUGUGUUCAUGUCAACAUGCGUCUGGUACAAGUUAAUCAAAUGCGCUCAAUCAAGCCCUGGUGCAGUCUUUGUUGUGAAUAUUGCCUACACUUGCAGUGUGACAAAUGUCCAACACAUGAUGUUUGUACAGUCGAGGUCCAGGUGGCCUGUAGGGCCUGUAGGUCAAAAGCAUCGCAGUUGGCUGGGCAGAGUUGUGUCCCUUAGAUGUAGAAGAAUCCGAUGGUCAUUAGUUGAAUCCAAGAUUUGUCUUGAUUGUAGCUUAAGGUGGUCGGCACCAUAUCUGAGGGGUUCACCAAAAUGGUAAAGAUCUAGGACCUACAUCUCACGGGGACUCUCUCUUUGUUGUCUUAUGUAUGAAAAUUACUUUACCAAGAAAUAUAAUAAGAUCGUUAAUAUUUUAGCCACUUUUAAUAUGUGAUUUUUGUAAUUAAAACAUUUUACCAACCUUG